AUGGGUAGAGCUGCGGCCCAAGGCGAGAUCGUCACCAUCUUCAUCGGUCCCGAGAAGAAGCGCUAUAACAUCCACAAGGACAUCAUCUGCCACCACUCCGAGUACUUCCGAACCGCCUUCAAUGGCCGCUGGAAGGAGUCGGACGAGGGCGUAACACUGGAAGACGUCGAAGUCGACGUGUUCAACGUCUUCGCCCAUUGGCUCUACGCGCAGGAGAUACCGUCAGACUGGGAGUCACUCUACGACAUCGCAGCACCAGGUCAUACUCUCGAAAACUCAGUUUGGAACGAGUGGUCUAUUGGGGAGCUUCUCUUAAGGGCUUCCGUCUUCGGUGAUCGAGUUCUUACGCCGGUGUUCCAUCGUCUGGCGCACAACACAUUCGUCGACAGAUAUGUCCCGAAUCCUGGCGGGACCUGCUCCGUGAAUUACGCAACUGUUAUCUGGAUCUACGAUAAUUUGCCGAAAGGUCACAUGGCCAUGAGAUUGGCAGUCGAGCUGCAAUGCAUUGUAUGGGAUACGAAGGACGAUGGCAAGAGGGAAGCGCUGCUAUGGUCAAAGUUACCGCAUGAAUUCCUUCUAGCUGUUAUGUUCAGGAACAAUGCACUGAAGGAACAAAAGUGCUCAGAUGUGGGGGUGAAGGCGUGCGCUAGGGAACCCUAA